CGGCUGGGCCAAUAAAGGCGGCGGUGCGCGGCAGCUACUGACUCUGCCCUCUGGGCACCAGUGACCCUGCCUUCCGUCCUCUCCGUUCGCCGGUUGAUCUCUAGCUCGGACCCGCGCGCCCAUGAUGCUGGCGCUCCGCUGCGGCCCCCGCCUGCUCGGCCUGCUGUCCAGCCCGCGCUCAGCGCACCUGCGCCUCCCCGCGGUCCGCGCUUGCAGCAGCGGCAGCGGCUCCCGCGGCCCGUCCUCUUCCUCCGGGAACCCGCUCGUGUACCUGGACGUGGGCGCUGACGGGCAGCCGCUCGGCCGCGUGGUGCUGGAGCUGAAGGCAGAUGUCGUCCCAAAGACAGCAGAGAACUUCAGAGCCCUGUGCACCGGGGAGAAGGGCUUUGGAUACAAAGGGUCCACGUUCCACAGAGUGAUUCCGUCCUUCAUGUGCCAGGCUGGUGACUUCACCAACCACAACGGCACGGGGGGAAAGUCCAUCUAUGGAAGCCGCUUUCCUGACGAGAACUUCAAGCUGAAGCACGAGGGGCCGGGUGUUCUGUCCAUGGCCAAUGCGGGUCCCAACACCAACGGCUCCCAGUUCUUCAUUUGCACCAUAAAGACAGACUGGCUGGACGGCAAACAUGUUGUGUUUGGCCAUGUGAAAGAGGGCAUGGACGUCGUGAAGAAAAUAGAAUCUUUCGGCUCCAAGAGUGGGAAGACAUCCAAGAAGAUCGUCAUCACAGACUGCGGCCAGUUGAGCUGACCCUGUGCGCUUCCAGGUGACCCUGUGUGCUUCCAGGAGGCCUCUCAGGAAUGUCAGACCCCACAGGACCCACCGGGCAGCUUCCCCAGUGCCCUCCCUUCCCCAGCGCCCCGUUUCUGGACACCCAUCGUGGAUACAGUGUCGCUGCUCCUUGUAGUCAUCGCCUGUGACCGCCCGGCUCAAGUUCACCCGUGCCUCGGGCACAGAUGAUGAGUUAGCUUGGAAGGCGGUUUCUGCCUUUUCUCUGACCGCAGGGGAAAGCCAGUUGCUGUAAAGGGCUGUCAUAUCUGUUUAAUACUGUCUUUCUGAUCGGAAUAAUUUCACUAGACUCCCUGGAGCUGAAGCUGUGACGCUAACUACUCCAGGCUGUGGUGUGACCUGAGUUGGAGGCAUGGACCACAGACCUACGGAGCUUGGCCUUCGGAGCGCACUCUAGGCCUUUGUGACGGUCCCACGGCCGAGGCCUGUAAUCCCAGCCACUGUGAAUCCCUUGGUUUGCUGCUCUUGUAUUUGGGGAGAGCCCGUGGGGGUGGAAGCAGCUGAACCGGGGGGCAGACCCGCUGCAAGCUGUGCCUUGUCAAUGUGAAUUCCCAGGUUGAAAAUACAAAUAACCUGUAAGUGCUAUGUGCUCUGGAAGGAAGUCAAGGUGUGUUUUCCUGGUGGGCUUUGAUUUGUUUUUCCUGUGUGUUUAAUAAAUUAAAUCUAUUGAUUAUGUACACAAUAUACUUUUGGAAAAUUUCUUUAUGUUCACUUUAGAUGUGAAAAUAAAUCCUAUUUUCUAUAAAA